CUGGAUUGUAAGGAAAGAGGCUCUGGCGAUUUGAAGCUGAAGACCCAAGAGCUGCGAAGAGGAAACCUUGCUGACUUCAACCGCUGUGAAUAUUUCUCUACAGCCAGCCUGUGCAGUUUGGAAAAGCUCUUCCAGUCUUGAGGAUGACCAGAAAAAUCUUCACCAACAGCAGGGAGAGGUGGAGGCAACAAAAUGUCAACAGUGCCUUUGCCAAGCUGAGAAAGCUGAUUCCCACCCAUCCUCCUGACAAAAAGUUGAGCAAGAAUGAGACUCUUCGCUUAGCCAUGAGAUACAUCAACUUCCUCGUCAAGGUCCUUGGGGAUCAAGGGCUGCAGCAAACAGGUGUGAAUCCACGAGAAAGGAUACUGGGUCUGUUCCAGCAGAAUCCACAUUUGGAACGCAUGGAAGAACUGACUCUCCUUGAAGACUCUGAGGUCCCUUCUCCCAAUACAAGCAGCAACAUCCCAGAAUGCUGGUCAGAAACAUCAUCUCCAUAAUCAGUCAGUCAGGAUAAUCAUCCUGAUUGCAAUUUGAUAGUUCCCCUUGAUAUCAGUUGUGGUAGUUGUUUGCUUCCAUACAGUGUUUAUCUAUUUAUUUAUUUAUUUGGUCCAUCUUGGUCUUUUUAAACUCAAACGUACUUUAUGUAAACUUUUCUGAGGAAAAACAUUGUUUUCAAUAAUUAAAAAGAAUUCCAAUGGCCUAAUUGGCUAUAAAGGGCUUUGAGUCCAAGGGACUUUGACUGGGCCUACUGAAAGUUGCCAAUGGACCUUGCCCUUUAUUGUGACAUACCUGUGAAAAUUGUCAGGAUCAGUAGUUUGUGACUGAGUGACACUGUAAGUUUUAAAACAGCUGGCUAGGAGCUCUGGGAAUUUCAGUUCCCGUUGAUUUGGCUGCUGAAUUGACAAAGGUUAAUUGAAGAUCUAAGUCAAACAAAUUCUCCAGUGUUGCAUCUUCUCCUAUGUAGAAUGAAUCCCUUUCCACUUCCUGUAACACCAUAGUGAAUAAUUUAUUUCUUUCCCACUUCCUUUCUUAAGGAGAGAAACCACAUAAAUUGAGCAGCCACAUCUACAACUACAACUGUGAGCAUCUCAUUGUAUCCAUUUCAUGAGAUGUGAUAAUGUUGCCUACUAUAAAUUGGGUAUUGUACACAACCAUAAAUUGGGUAUUGUAAAAGAAAAUAUCUCGAGUUCUGGAGCCAAGGCUACUCAUUUAAAAAAACUUUUUUCAUUUAAGAUACAUUAAUAUCAAAAUUAGUUGAGCACUGCUAAGAUUCUCUUCUCCUUUGCCCACAUUGCCCAGGUCAGUGCAAUCUUCGUGCUAGGAUGUGUGCAUUUCAUUUACUACUUUUCCUCCAGUAUUUGUCAAAACCUGAGGUAGAUAAAAAUUUAAGCAAAACAAAUGCAUAAGGAAUGCAUCUGAAUAGUUGAGAAUGGAUUAUGCCCACUAUGCUUGCUCAGAUAUAACCAACAGUGGAAUUUAGUUAUUUCUGAAAUAUUCAAAGAUGCCUACCUUAAAAAUAUGGAUUUAAGUAUUAUUUCAACUAGAUUUAUAAUGUGAGGAAAAAACUCUUAAAUUUGGCUUCAAUUAGACUUUCCAGAACGUUUGCACAGAUAAAAAUAACUAAAUAACUUCAAAAGCACAGCUGAAUAGAAAAACAACUGUUUUAUUUGUUGUUAGUGGCAUUUUAUAAACCAGAUGCACUAUUUAAUUGUCUCUGAAAUAAAUAUAGGAUCACAUGCAUCACUUAUGGAUUUCUUUCCAUGAGGGAUUCCACUGCACCUAACUUUCUGCAUAUACUAUCCCAAACUAGCAGUCAUUCAUUCACUUAAUUCUCAUAAUUGGAUACAGCCACUCCCAAGUUUCUGUUUUUUUUAAAGACUUCAUAGUUAAAAAUCACAGGUCUCCUUGAGUUAAACACC